GCAUCCCUCUGGAAAGCUUGCGCUCGAAUGGGCUGCACUGAGUCCAAGCCGGAGUCCACCGACCCCGCUGAGCGCUCGGGGCGCGCCACCGCCCAGCCGAGUGGCGGCGCACGGUCCACAAAGCGGUCGACCAAGCAGGAGAGCGACAAAGAGGCGAAGACGGUCAAGCUGCUGGUCCUCGGCGCCGGCGAGAGCGGCAAGUCGACGCUUCUCAAGCAAAUGAAGGUUCUGCACAAGGGUGGCUACUCGGAGGGCGAGCGCGCCGACUUUGCAAAGGUGGUCCACUCCAACGCGAUCCUCUCGGCGCGUUCCGUCUUCGAGGGCUUUGAGAGACUCGGGAUCGCGAUGCCCGAGGAGCUGGCGCGCGAGCAGACGGCCUUCGAGUCGGACCCAGCGAGCGGAGACGAGCACCUCACGCCGCAGCUCGGCGAGAUCAUCGCUCGCUUGUGGGCGCACCCGGCCGCGCGGAAGGUGUUUGAGCGGAGGGCAGAGUACCAGCUUAGCGACUCAGCGGAGUACUACUUCGACAACGUCGACCGGAUGGCAGCCGACGGGUACGUGCCGACCGAGCUCGACGUGCUGCGCUCUCGCAUCCGCACGACCGGCAUCGUGCGGACAGACUUCCGUCUGCACGGCAACGACUUUGCCAUGUACGACAUGGGCGGCCAGCGCAACGAGCGCCGAAAGUGGAUCCACACCUUUGAGGGCGUCAACGCCAUCAUCUUCGUCGCUGCGCUCUCCGAGUUUGACCAGGUCCUCUUCGAGGAUGAGUCGCAGAACCGGAUGCAGGAGAGCAUCAACCUCUUCGAGCAGAUUGUCAACUCCAAGUGGUUCGACAACACCGCGGUGAUCCUCUUCCUCAACAAGCGCGACCUGUUCGAGGAGAAGCUGAAGCGCGUGCAGGUGGCGGACUACUUUGAGGACUUUGGCGACCGCGACAACGAGUUCGAGCCCGCCGCCGACUUCUUCCGCCAAAAGUUCCUCGCAAAGUGCAAGAACCAGAGCAAGACCAUCUUCACGCACUACACCGUCGCGACCGACAAGAAGAACGUGGACCUCGUCUUCAAGUCGGUGGUCUCGUCAAUACUCGAAGACAACUUGAAGGCGUCGGGCCUCAUGUGAGGCGGCAAAGACGCCGCGCCACGCCCAACCCCUGCCCCGCUGCUCCGUCGUCGCUUGCUUGCCGCCUCGAAGUCGCGCCCCAGGCUGUGCCCGCUUCCCUUUUGUGUUCAGUUACGUAGCGAGCGAGUAUCAGAUAGUGCUCGCAUUUAUGAGCUCCUAUUAGUCGCACAUCUUCCUAAGACUUUGGCUAAGAACACUCCA